AUGGUUUUGCAGUUUAUUAAGGAAACAUUUUUUUUCUUUAUGACUAUGAUUGGCACCCUGGGGAAUAUUUCUGUUUCUGUGGAUUAUUUCUUCCAUUUAUUAGAAGGUGUUAAGAAGAAACCCAUACACCUCAUUCUCAUCCACUUGGCUUUUACAAACAUCCUAAUCCUUCUUACAAAAGGAUUUCGAAAGACAGUAGCAGCUUUUGGUUUGAGAAACUUCCUGGAUGAUAUAGGCUGUAAGAUCAUUGUUUACCUGGAGAGGGUGGCCCGGGGCCUCUCCAUCUGCACCAGCAGUCUCCUUACUGUGGUCCAGGCCAUCAUCAUCAGUCCCACAGGAUCUGGGUGGAGGAGGCUCAGGCCAAAGUCUGCAUGGCACAUCCUUCCAUUCUUCUCAUUCUUUUGGAUACUCAAUGCUUUGAUCAGUAUGAACCUAACACAUUCCAUUAGAAGUACAGGUCUGAAUAUAUCACAGCUUAGGAAUGGCGACAACUAUUGUUAUAUUAUGCUAGAAAGUCAGGAAAUAAAAUGGAUUUUUCUCAUCCUCAUGGUCCUGAGAGAUGCAGUGUUUCAGGGUGCCAUGGGAGGGGCCAGUGGCUACAUGGUAUUUCUUCUCCACAAGCACCAUCAGCAAGUCCUCUACCUUCAGAACUCCAAGUUUCUCUACAAAACUCCCCCUGAGCUGAGAGCUGCUCAAAGUGUCCUCCUUCUGAUGCUCUGUUUUGUUUUCUUCUAUUGGACAGAUUGUGCGUUUUCUUUUUUUCUAAGUCUCUCUUUAGAGGAGUAUUCAUUGAUGGUAAAUAUUCAUGAGUUUCUGACCCUUGGUUAUGCGAUUUUCAGCCCCUUUGUGCUGAUUCACAGAGAUGGUCUCCUGGCUGAACAGUGGGAGACAUUGAAACAAUGUGUCUCUCAUCUAUCUGAUCAAUAA